CACUGAAGCAACAGGCCAGCACAUGCAGAGAGUGCAGAUGUGUAGCAUCAGUGUAUACAUGUGUUUUGUGCCCAGUGGAGGGAUUUACCCAGCAUCCUUUGCAGCUCAGGCUUGGCCAGGGACGUUUCUUACGUAUGCACACACAGAUAGAAGAGGAUGGUAGUAAGCUAGUUGCUCAGGAUUGGAAGGAGAAUUUUUGUCAUACUUUUACAACCGUGUGCAAGGAAAUCAUAUUGGAACAGCCUUCUUUCUACAAAUUUGUGUGUGACAAAAAUACACCAUGCCUGCAGAGGUUCCUGAACCCCCUGCCAAUAAACCGUACGCGGCCAAAGUCUUCAAGGACAUGAUCAACCUUGUGUGGCCGGGUACGACCUACGAUGGGGGCAGCAUCGUGACCGGGUACCAGAUAGAGAUGUGCGAAGGAACCAAGAAUAGCUGGAAGGUUCUGACCAAGAACGUGUUCAGCACCAGCUACGCGGUCAAGGGUCUCAAAGACAAUAGCACCUACAAAUUCAGAGUCAGUUGUAUUAACGCAAUAGGGACAAGCAAACCCAGCAUCGUGUCGGAGCCCAUUGUAGCAUCAGAUUCAAAAGGGGAUGACUAUGACGAGGAGGAUGAACCAGAUGAGGCAUCCUUUGAACCACGGAAAGUCAAAACCAGAAAGGAAAACGUCAAGGAGUUCUAUGAGAUAAGAGAAGAACUAGGAAAGGGUAAAUUUGGAACAGUCAACAAGUGUGUGGAAAAGAAAUCCAAGAAAAUGCUUGCAGCUAAGUUUAUCAAGGCAGAGAAACCAGCAGAUAAAAAAGAGUGUGAACAUGAAAUUGAAAUCAUGAUGGUUCUACAGCACCCUAAGCUGCUUCAGCUUUAUGAUGCCUUUGCCACAGGAAAUAAUAUGGUCAUGAUUCUAGAAUAUGUUUCAGGUGGAGAAUUGUUUGAGAGAGUUAUUGAUGAAUCCUUUGAUCUGACGGAAAAGGAAGUUACGUUCUUCAUGCGGCAAAUCUGCGAAGGUGUCAAAUUCAUGCACGCUCAAAAAGUUUUGCACCUUGACAUGAAACCAGAAAACAUCCUAUGUGUGCGAAAGAAUAGCAACAAAAUCAAGAUUAUUGAUUUUGGUCUUGCUCAAGUCAUGAAGAAGGGACUUAAAGUGUCGUGUGGUACGCCAGAGUUCUUGGCCCCAGAGGUUGUGUCAUAUGACGAGGUCUCCUACACAACAGAUAUGUGGGCUGUAGGUGUCAUCUGCUACGUUUUAUUGAGCGGGUUGUCGCCGUUCAUGGGCGAUAAUGAAGGUGAGACAAUGAGUAACAUCCUUAAGGUGGAAUGGGACUUUGAUGAUGAAUGCUUUGAUGAAAUCUCAGACCUGUCCAAAAACUUCAUUGAAAGCCUCCUCAAAGAGGACAAAAGUGAAAGAAUGACAGCUGAUCAGUGCUUGAAUAAUGACUGGCUAAAGAAGGAACUCAAAAGUACACACGCCCUCUCCAAGGCUCGAAUCAAGAAAUACGUCAUCAAGAGAAGGUGGCAGAAAGCUUUCAAUGCAGUCCGAGCCAUGAUACGAGUCAAGAGGUUUAUAUAGAUACUAAAGAAAGAGCCUCCUUGUUUUACAUCCAAGCUGCAUCUUGCCAGAAAAUCUUCAUCUGUUGUCACUUUGCAUCCACUGUUAAAUCUGUGAUGCCGUCACCAUAGCAGCUGGUAUCGCAGCAAUUGGAGUUGUUACCUCAAGUUUCGAGCCAUCGGGGGAGAAAAAAAACACCCAUUUCUAGGUGCCUCGGACUAGAGAAGUAUCGAUUAACCAACACAGUGGUGUCCGUGUUUGAAAGCUAUGACGGACACAUCAGACAAAGGUGAUAAACUUCAAAAUCAAAAUGUAUUUAUUGUCACAAACACUCCAGAAAUACCAAAUAAAAAAGGGCAAUAUUAGGGAGCAUCUCAUUCAUUGGCUAUGCAUAGGUGACCCUUAAAUUAAAUCUAUUGUUUCUGUCUUUGUUUUACGGUACUAAAUAAACAAAGAACUUAUCGUUGAUACUGAGACCUGAAUCCAGAAAAAAGAAGCAGCUACUUUUCACAUCAACUCUAUUGUUACAUGUCUUUUUCCACAAAACAUAACCAAGACAUUUUGUAGGUGUGUGUGUGUGCGUGUUAGGCUUACUUCAAAAAAUGGUUAUUGGUGUACAGUAACAAAGGCUGUGUUGCUACUCAAAGACAUGAAACAAAGUAGGCCUACUUUGGGGAUUGUUUCCCACAAAAUAACUUCUUUCUAUGGUAAACGCAUAAAUGAUGUUUUUUCGAUACCGUUCAGCUGAUACUUGGAAUAUUUAAGAAAAACAUCGAACAUGUUCACACGUUUUAACAACAGAAAAACAAAUUGUAAGAUUUUAAAACUGUCCAAUAUUUGUUGUCAAUUAUGUAGACUUAUAGAGCUGUACAAAUGAAAAAAAAAAAAAAAAAAAACAUUUUGAAAGAAUAGUUUUAAGUAAUUCUACUUCUCAGUUCCACAUGAGUGAAAUACUUACAAAUACAUUUCAAAAUUGUUCCAUUCUUUUGUACCAAUAGCAAGAGCUAACAAUCUUUAAGAGUCAACCUAAUGUUUACAAGUUGCUGACAAAUUGAAUUUGAAUUAUGUAAGUAUGGGAUUGUAAGGCAUUUGAUUGCUUUGAAUGUUGGAUUUUAAAACUGGACCAUUUUUUAAAACGAUGCACCCUUUAUCGCACUGUGGUCAGGUCACACUGGUAUGGUUCCCUGCUUGUGAGAGUGCAACAUCUCUUUUCACAAAUAGGUAUCAGACUUCUAGUGAUGAAAAACAAGAUGGUCGCCCCAUGAUAAUGAUAUACAUAGCAGGUAUGGCAUCUAAAUUGAAUCUUAUUUGACUUCUCUGGUAACAAAACCAUUGCAGAGCUGUCAAAAAGGAAAUAUACCUACAAUUAUUACUUUUAUGGAGUUAAAUCUCUGUGUCCAAGUGAGAAACUCAAAUAAACAAACAAACAGGAGUCACAAAGCAUAAUGAUAGCAAGAAUGAAGUAGAAAAAAAAGACGAAAAAACGUGAGGCAAGAAAAGUUACAAAAGAAAAAAAAAAAAAAAGAACAAAAUUAUAGAGUUAGUUAAAUCUUGAUUAGUAAAGUUUUGGGUAUUCUUUCCAUUUUUGCUUGUUUUCCAUGAAAUAACAUUUGUGUAUCCUGUUGGUUUGUAAACAGCGAAUGAUUGUGAAUGGAUAAAUGCGGUUGUUGUUCUUCAUGUUGAUAACAUGGAGUCUCGAAAGAUUGAAGAAAGGAAUUUGAGAAGAGAAAGUUUGAAAAACUGCCCUGAUGGACUUAACAAUAAAAUAGCCACAUAUAAACCACUACAAACCUAAAGAAUGUUGUGGUAUGUGGCAAUGUUGUCUUUACAAAUGAUAAUAAUAUUGAUUGAGGGUAUUGUGAAGUUUUGUCUUUUAAAGUAAAAUGUUUCGGUGUUAUAUUUACAUGUGUUUACUUAGAGAGUGAUCUUGUUAAAAGAAAUAUUAAUGGUUUUGUGCAACAACAGAGAGAGAGUAUCAGUGGUAAUUAACUUUCUUUGUCAGUGUUGUUUAAAUAAUUCUGACAAAGAGUACAGAAAUAACUUUUAUUUGGUAUCGUUUACAUAUUAAUUUAAUUACUUUGAGUUUUUUAUGUAUAGAAAUUAAACUGUGAUUGCAAGAAUUAUAUGUUAAAAAAAGUUUUAAUGUUCCUAUUUAUAAAUGUUAUUAAGAAUAAUUUUCAUUUCUUUUUAGUUGUCUGCAGGGUGAACAGUAGUGAACUACUUGGUUAACACUAUAAGUAUUAGUUGUGUUUAUACUUAACACAAUAACAAAAGUAGUUGUUCAGUUGUGUGAACUUUCUUUUUCAUGUUUCAUGUUCUACUCAUCUUUUUGUUGUAUUUGCAAUUUCUCUCUCCUAGCAAAUAUAUCUUUGGAUUAUUCAUUUACUUCCCUUCUUGGUCCAGAGCUUUCUGUUUUCUUUGAUCUCCUGUUUCUACCGAGUCCCUUUUUCUGAUUAGUGUUCUCCUCCAUUCAAUCUGUAUUUUCUCUGGUUUUGGUGUAUCAUUUGUGUCUUGUGUCAAUUGUUGCAAAAUCUGCCAAUGUUCAUCCAUUUAAAUUGGGCAUACAAUUAUCCAUGAUAUGUUGUUAAGAACAAUUCUGUUUUUCCUAUUUAUCAUGUACGAAUUAGAUUGUAUUUGGCUUUUGAAUAAGAUCAUUUUAGAUGGUAGUGUCAUCCAAGUUGAACAAGAAAUAAUGACGGAGCUCCCAGUUUGAGAGGGAUGUUAAAUUCAAGUCAUUUGAGGUUACCGGUUAAAAUGGCUCUCUUUCCCAAAUAAGUUGAUCACUUGCCUGGUUGAACACAACAUUCACUGUGUUUUUAAAAGUGUCAAUGUAAAAUAAGUACUGUUUUUGUUUCGAUUCACCUUUUUGGUUUUCUUUCUACCUCUUUAUAUGUCCCAGUCUUUGACAGUCCCUGUCCUUCAUAUCUUUUUAUGUAACCCACCAUUUUAAUUAUAAAUACAUAUUUUUUCUUAAUUGAUGAUUACUAACUGAUGUUCAUUUCCUGUGAGUCGGCUAGUCAGGCAGUCAGUUAUUUUGUCUGUCUUUCUGUAUGUAAUAUAUUUACAUUUAAAUAUAAAUAUGGAUAUAAAUAUAUAUCCCAGGUGACUGGUUCGUAAAAAAGAAAAAAAAAUCUUGUAGAAGUAGAAGCAGCUGAUAGUUCUAUCAGAUGCUGUUUGACUUUCCUAUAGUGCAUCUGUAAAAAAAAGUUUUUUGGACCAGUGUUCGUUUUAGAAGGCCCCUUUUUGAUGCCAAUGUUGUCCUAUUGUUUAUUGGACAGUUUUCAAAUUGGAGAAGUCAGGACCCAAGAUUCCUUUCUCAUGAAGAGAAAGUGCGUCAUUGGAUUGGUACCUGACUGACCACAGAAUGAAAAAAGGCACACCAAAUGAUGUUGUUGUUGUUGGGGUUUGGGUUUUUUCUUCUCUCCCUUUUUUGGUGGGCUGGGGGCAUUUCUUCCUUAAUCACUUGAGUCUUUGAGAGCGAGAGAAAGAGAGAGGGGGAGAGUGUGAGAGAAAGAAAAGAGAAUUUACAAUUUUAAUUACCGUUUGACAAUAUUUAGUUUAACUUAAAUCCUGUAACUGCUAUUGCUUUUUAUCAAAAAGUUUUCUUUUAAAUACUUGUGAAUUUUCCAAAAAUUCCAACAAUUUACCUAUAAAAGGUAGUUUUUAGAGAACGAACUUGGGCUCAAUACAGUAUGUGUUUCUUAUGGUUGCGACCCAUUCACAAGGAGGGUCAACUAACACUACAGAUUAACAAGAAAUUUCAUGAAGCGCACACUAUUUAUUUCAGAAUGGGUUGUUAAAUCUUAAUGAUCAGACAUCAAAUUUGUCCAAGUGUUGGCUUGUUACAUUUUAUUCUCACAUCUAAUUGGAUUUUAACCAGCCGGUCGUUUUGUGAGAAAAAAAGAAAGAAAAGUAAACCAUCAACUUGGCAAUGUUAUAAAACACCCAUUAAAAUAAUGGAACAGUCAGUACAAUGUUCAGCAAACGUUUGCCCCUACAGUUGCCAUUGCGAUUAUAGAACAUGACAUUUUUUAAUCAAGGGGGUGAGACACUGGCAUUGAAUCGCAUUUAUGUAUGAAAGAGUUGUACUAUAACUAUAGAACAAAUUAUGUAUUUUUGUUUAAUUUCUGCUUUUAUAAAUAUCCAUCGAUGUUUGUUAUAUACAGCUUUAAUUAUUAGACAGAAAAUGGAGUGGGUUUUUCUUAGCUGUUACAAAUAAUAAUUUUAAAAAAUCCUAUUAAACCACUGGUGGUGUGUUAAACAUUGUUAUAUUCAAACUAAAGGUAGUUCAUAUUAUAAUACCAUGUGCUGUUAACUCAUUACACUUUUGUUCCUAUAGACAGUGAUACUCUAUUCAAUUAGGAGAGAACGUGUGUUCCAUUUUGGCGCAUUGUGGAUGACGGAAUAAACAGUAAUUUUCCAAACCAGAA